AAUUUUAAAAGUGAAAGGGCAAAAGGAAAAGCCCCUUCUUAAACCCUUACUAUCAAUUCUCUCUCUCAGUCACACCUCUCCCUCACGCCGCUCACUUUAUAAUAUUUCACCUCCGUCUCCGUUUCAGUUCACCUCAUAGCCAUUCGCCACCAUGGCUCAAAUCACGGAGGGAGCUACGGAUUCAGUGGAUGCGGUAUGGUUCAAUUUCAUGACAACCGAAGAGGUUCGAAAACACAGCGUUUUGAAGCUCACUAACGCCAAUUUGCUUGACUUCAUGAACCGCCCUAUGCCUGGCGGUUUAUACGACCCUGUUUUAGGGCCUCUCGAGGAUCGAACUCCUUGUAAAAGCUGUGGUCUCUUGAAAUUACAUUGCCCUGGUCACUGUGGUCACAUUGACUUGGUGUCACCGAUUUAUAAUCCCUUGCUGUUCAACUUUUUGCAUACACUUAUCCAAAGGACCUGCUUUUUCUGUUAUCAUUUUAGGGCAGAAAGGACUGAGGUUGAGAAAUGUAUUUCUCAAUUGAAACUCAUUGGAAAAGGUGAUAUUGUUGGUGCCAAAAGGUUAGAUUCAGACUCGAAAGAUUCAUCAUCACAUCCAGAGAACAGUGAAGGGUGCCAAAAAUUAGGUUCUAGACUACAUGAGUCUGAGGCUGUAAACCCAAAAGAAUGGACAUCUCUUCAGCUUACUGAGGCAAUGUCGGUUUUAAAUAAAUUUCUGAAGGUGAAGUACAAAAGGUGUAAGAACUGUGAUGCAAAAAAUCCUGCUAUUACAAAGCCCACUUUUGGUUGGUUUCACACGAGUGGCAUGUCGGGUUCGCAAAUGAGGGAAAACGUUAUCAGAGGGUGCAAAAUGGCAGAUACUUUUUCUGGUGAAGUUGGAUCUGACAUAGAAGAUGCCAAUGAUGCAUCUAGCUCCGAAGAGGGUGUUGAUAUAACAAAAACGAAGACUCCUGAAAUUGGCUUCAAAGGAGCUGAUGGUACUAGUGCGAAAGCUCGUAAAAAGGCGAAAGUACCUCUUGAGUUCCUGAAGCAGAAGAAUCUGUUUUCGGGACCUCUUUUGCCAUCAGAGGUUAAAAAAGUUAUGAAACUUUUAUGGGAAAAUGAGAUUGAACUUUGCUCAUUGAUCAAUUGCAUCCAGCAGCAAGGGUUUGGUGAGAAAGUGGGUUAUUCCAUGUUCUUUUUGGAGACCGUUCUUGUACCUCCUAUUAAGUUUCGUGCUCCUACCAAGGGAGGUGAUUCUGUGAUGGAGCAUCCUCAAACUGUUUUACUAAGUAAGGUGUUGCAGGCCAAUAUAUCACUAGGAAAUGCUUAUAAUAAUGAUCUGCAGAGUUCUAAGGUUAUAGUUAGACUAUGGAUGGAUCUGCAGCAGUCAAUAAAUUUGUUGUUCGACAGCAAAACUGCAAUGAGUCAAAGGAGAGAUGUGAGCCCAGGAAUAUGUCAGUUGCUGGAAAGGAAGGAAGGCAUGUUCCGCCAAAAAAUGAUGGGGAAAAGAGUUAAUUUUGCUUGCCGAUCUGUUAUAUCCCCUGAUCCUUAUUUAGCUGUUAAUGAGAUUGGAAUUCCACCUUAUUUUGCAUUAAGGUUAACCUAUCCUGAGAGAGUGACUCCUUGGAAUGUCGUAAAGUUGAGGGAAGCAAUUAUAAAUGGCUCUGAACUUCACCCUGGGGCAACACAUUAUGUUGAUAAGUUAUCCACCCAAAGACUGCCACCUAACAGAAAAGCACGAAUUUCCAUAUCUAGAAAAUUACCUUCAUCAAGAGCAGCUAUUACCCAACCUGGAAAGAAUUUUGACUAUGAAUUUGAAGGAAAAAUUGUUCUCCGGCACUUGCAAGAUGGAGAUGUUGUGCUAGUAAAUCGACAGCCUACACUUCACAAGCCAAGUAUAAUGGCACACGUAGUUCGUGUGUUGAAGGGGGAGAAGACAAUCCGUAUGCACUAUGCAAAUUGCAGUACAUACAAUGCUGAUUUUGACGGUGAUGAAAUAAAUGUACAUUUCCCACAAGAUGAAAUUUCUCGUGCUGAAGCAUACAACAUUGUUAAUGCAAAUAACCAAUAUGUCAGACCUUCGAAUGGCGAACCACUAAGAGCCUUAAUUCAGGAUCAUAUUGUAAGUGCUGUACUUCUCACAAAGAGGGAUACUUUCUUAAGCCGUGAUGAGUUUAAUCAGCUUUUGUAUAGCUCUGGGGUUUCUGGCUUAGCCCAACAUCAUCGCUUGGGUAAAUCUGGUCAGAAAGUACUCAUUUCUAGUUCUGAAGAAGGGAUGCUGCCUAUUCUACCUGCAAUAUUGAAACCAAAACCACUUUGGACAGGGAAGCAGGUCAUCACUGCUGUUCUAAAUCAUAUUACCAGGGGUCGUCCACCAUUUACGGUGGAAAAAACUGGCAAAACCCCACGUGAUUUUUUCAAGAACAGAUCAAAUGAAAAUAAACCGAAAAGUGUUGGCCAAGAAGGCAAGGAUGCUGAAGAAAACUCAAAUAAAGAACCUGAUGAAGAAAAAAUAUUGAUUUACAAAAAUGACUUGGUGCGUGGUGUGAUUGACAAGGCUCAGUUUGCUGAUUAUGGUCUAGUUCAUACAGUUCAAGAGCUAUAUGGUUCAAACACUGCAGGCUUUCUGCUGUCAGUAUUCAGUCGUCUCUUUACAGUUUUCUUGCAGAUGCAUGGUUUCACAUGUGGUGUAGAUGACCUUUUGAUAAUGAAUGAUAAAGACAUUGAAAGGAAGAAGCAACUUGAAGAAUGUGAAAAGAAAGUGACAGAAGCACAUUAUGAGUUUUGUGCAGUCAAGGUGGAUACUGAAAUAGCUCCAAUAGAAUUGCAAUUGAAAAUUGAGAAAACCAUACGCAGAGAUGGAGAGGCUGCACUUACAGCUCUGGAUAGAACAAUGAUUAGUGUGCUUAACAAGAACUCAAGCCAAGGUGUUCUUACCGAGCUGUUGUCUGAGGGUUUAGUAAAACCUAUGGGAAGGAACUGUAUAUCUCUAAUGACUACAACUGGGGCUAAAGGAAGUAAGGUUAAUUUUCAGCAAAUCUCAUCUUUCCUUGGUCAACAAGAAUUAGAAGGGAAGCGAGUGCCAAGGAUGGUUUCUGGUAAAACAUUGCCCUGUUUCCAUCCAUGGGACUGGGCAGCUAGAGCUGGUGGUUUCAUCAGUGAUCGUUUUCUUACUGGUCUUCGGCCACAAGAAUAUUACUUCCAUUGUAUGGCUGGGCGUGAAGGUCUAGUUGAUACAGCAGUCAAAACAUCUCGUAGUGGAUACCUCCAGAGAUGCCUCAUAAAGAAUCUGGAGUGUUUGAAAAUCAGUUAUGAUCAUACUGUUCGUGAUGCUGAUGGUUCAAUUGUUCAGUUUAACUAUGGGGAAGAUGGUAUUGAUGUCCAUCAGACAAGCUUUGUAACAAAGUUUGAAGCACUAGCAUUAAAUUGUGAUGUGAUGUCCGAAAAGCUUAGUUCCAUGCUCGGGGAACCUUAUGACUCUGGAAAAAUAUUGCCUGAUGAUCUUAGAGACAAAGCUGUGCAGUUUAUAAAGGAUAACCGGCAGCAGAAGAUAAAGACAAAAAACUUCUUAAAAUUGUUGAAGCUUAAAUUUCUUUCUAGUCUUGCCCAGCCAGGAGAACCUGUUGGUGUGCUUGCUGCUCAAUCUGUUGGAGAACCUUCAACACAAAUGACGCUGAAUACUUUCCAUCUUGCGGGGCGGGGUGAAAUGAAUGUUACACUGGGUAUUCCACGUUUGCAAGAGAUCUUAAUGACUGCUUCAAUUGAUAUCAAGACUCCAGUUAUGACAUGCCCUUUGCAUAAAGGGAAAACAAAGGAGGAUGCCUUACGUCUUGCUGAUAAGAUGAAGAAAAUCACGGUAGCAGAAAUAUUAGAGAGUAUGGGAGUAUCUGUCACACCAUUUGCCAUUCACAAUGGUGAUAUUUGUAGUAUCUAUAAACUCAAGAUGAGGCUUGGCAAACCUGGCCGAUAUUUGAAGAACAGUGAUAUAACUGUAACAGAUUGUCAGCACAUCUUAGAGGUAGUGUUUUUGAGAGAGUUAGAGGACGCCAUACAGAAUCAUCUGGUUUUGCUCUCCAGAAUUAGUGGCAUAAAAAAUUUUAUGCCAGAUUCACGACCAAAUGCUUCAAGUGAAACAGAUGAAGAUGUUCCUGAAAGCAGAUCUCAUGAGACUGAGAAUGAUGAUGAUACUGAUGAUGAAGGAAGAGCCGAGGAUCUUGGUCUUGAUGCACAAAAACAGAAACAGCAAGCUACAGAUGAGAUGGAUUAUGAAGAUGGUUCUGAAGAGGAACAAAAUGAGGGGGCAUCUUUGGCUGGGUUGGAAAGUGAAAAUGAUAUGUCUGAGGAUGAGAAUGGAACUAUUGAAAAUAAUGUGAUUGGAUCAGAUAAUGAAAAGGAUGAUAUUUUUCAUGGUUCACCAAACGCAGAAGACGGAUCUAAGCUAAAGUCAAGGGAGGGAAACACCAGAGCAGAACCCAAAAGAAAAAAGAUGAGAGGAAAGUUCAUUAGGAAGGAGACUGAUAGAGCAAUAUUCAGUGCUACAAAAGGAUUGGUCUUUGAGGUCCAUUUUAAGUUUGUAAAUGAACCUCAUAUUUUACUGGCCCAGAUUGCUGAGAAGACUGCAAAGAAGGUUUACAUCCAGAGCUUUGGAAAGAUUGACCAAUGUCGAGUGACAGACUGUAGUGAGAAUCAAGUUUUUUACUAUGGUGAGGAUCCGAAACAAAGGAAGAGUCCAUCUGGCAAAGCAAAUAUACCAGCAUUGCACACAGCUGGAGUGGAUUUUGGUGCUUUUUGGAAGAUGGAAGGUCACCUUGAUGUUAGGUAUUUAUAUUCCAAUAACAUUCAUGCAAUGCUUAAUACUUAUGGAGUGGAAGCUGCAAGAGAAACCAUAAUUAGCGAGAUCAGUAAUGUUUUCACAUCUUACGGGAUUGGUGUCAAUAUUCGCCACCUAACACUUAUUGCCGAUUUUAUGACCCACUCUGGAAGGUAUCGACCUAUGAGCCGACUUGGUAGUAUAGCAGAAUGUAUAUCACCUUUCAGCAAGAUGUCAUUUGAGACAGCUUCUAAAUUUAUUGUUGAUGCGGCAAAACAUGGGCUGGUGGACAACUUGGAGACACCAUCAUCCAGAAUCUGCCUUGGAUUGCCGGUGAAAAUGGGCACUGGAUCCUUUGGUUUGAUGCAAAAUGUGGAGAUUUGAUGUAUUAUUUAAAUCAUUCACUAGCUUUUGGAAAGCUCGCAAAGGGGAGCCCAUACUUGGGUAUGAAUGAUACCAAAAUAUCUUGAAUAGCUUCAGUUUUUCCCCAGAUGAAAAGCAAGGGCAAAAUUCUCAUCGACCGACUCGUUGAGUUUAUUCGGCCUGUAAGUUUUACUGGACGUGUAUAAUGUAUUCAAUUUUAGGUGUGCAUUGUUAGAGAAAGGCUUAAAUUUUGAUAAACGAUUUAUUCAUAUAUUUUCUUUAAUAUGGCUUAUUAA